UCUCUGUAUUACUCUCCGUGUAUGUGAGAGAGAGAGAGAGCGACAACAGAGGCAAAAAAUCCAUCACAUAUUUUUCUUCCAGUAUCCCAUUAAUGGCCGGCGGCGAGAACGGCGAACAUGGAGGCUCCGGCAGUCGCCUCGAAUCCAUCCUGAACUCCCACACGCUUCCUCUCCACAAACGUCUCCUCCUGGCCUCAGGCGUCGAAAUCCGUCUCCUAUUUCACCUCGCCGCCCCUGCCGUGAUCGUCUACAUGGUCAACUACGUGAUGUCGAUGUCGACGCAGAUAUUUUCCGGCCAUCUCGGAAAUCUUGAGCUCGCCGCCGCCUCUCUCGGAAAUACCGGCAUCCAGGUCUUCGCCUACGGUCUCAUGCUCGGGAUGGGCUCCGCCGUAGAAACCCUUUGCGGCCAGGCUUACGGAGCCCAGAAGUACGAUAUGCUCGGAAUUUACAUGCAGCGCUCCACCGUUCUUCUCACCGCCACCGGAAUCCCACUCGCUAUUGCUUAUGCCUUUUCGCGUCCUAUUCUAAUCCUUCUUGGCCAAUCGCCGGAGAUUGCCAAGUACGCAUCAAUCUUUGUCUACGGACUUAUUCCCCAAAUCUUCGCCUAUGCGGCCAAUUUCCCCAUUCAGAAGUUUUUGCAGGCGCAGAGCAUCGUGGCGCCGAGCGCAUUCAUAUCAACGGCCACGGUGUUGCUCCAUCUCGUGCUGAGCUGGCUUGUGGUUUUUAAGCUGGGCUUGGGGCUAUUGGGGGCGUCACUGGUGCUGAGUGUCUCCUGGUGGAUUGUGGUGGCGGCCCAAUUUGUUUACAUCGCCACCAGCCGGAGGUGCCGGCUCACCUGGACCGGGUUUACUUGGCAGGCGUUUACAGGGUUGCCGGAGUUCUUGAAGCUGUCGACGGCGUCAGCGGUGAUGCUGUGUUUGGAGACUUGGUAUUUUCAGAUACUGGUGCUAAUAGCUGGGCUGCUUAAGAACCCUGAGCUUGCGCUUGAUUCGCUCUCUGUUUGCAUGACAAUUUCCGGUUGGGUUUUCAUGAUUUCGGUCGGCUUUAACGCUGCUGCCAGUGUGCGUGUGAGCAAUGAACUAGGAGCAGGGAAUCCCAAAUCUGCUGCCUUUUCAGUAUUUGUGGUGACAAUAAUCUCCUUCAUCAUAUCACUCAUCAUUGUGACGAUCAUCCUUUUCGCUCGAGACUAUAUCAGCUACAUAUUCACCGAAGGUGAGACGGUGGCUAAAGCCGUAUCAGAUCUCUGCCCUUUACUCGCCAUCACAAUCGUUCUCAAUGGCAUCCAACCUGUCUUAUCAGGUGUGGCUGUUGGCUGUGGAUGGCAGGCCUUUGUUGCUUACGUUAAUGUUGCCUGCUAUUAUUUUGUUGGCAUACCUGCUGGUAUCCUCCUCGGUUUCGACUUUGGCCUUGGCCUUGGAGCAAAGGGAAUCUGGUCGGGUAUGAUUGGUGGAACUUUCAUACAAACUCUCAUUCUUCUUUGGGUCACUUUCCGAACCAAUUGGAGCAAAGAGGUUGAAAAAGCCCAGAAAAGGUUGGAGGCAUGGGAUGAUAAGAGGAAACCUCUACUUGCUAACCAAAGCCGAUAAACUUUUGACAAAGGAGAACCAUUCCAUGGUUUAGAUCUCUAUAUGAUUAACCAGAUUUCUUAAAUUGGAUGAACAAUGUGAUUAAUAAAUUUUUAGUUUUUAGUAUUUAUUUAUAUUUUAUUUAGCAUUUUUAUUUGUAGAAAUAAAGUGUGCUUGAGAUCAAAGUGUUAUAGAGACCAUUCAUGUUCUCCAAUAUACCUCGGCUGGGCGCAACGUCGUAAUGGUCCUUUCUUCAACUUGUACAAUAGUCUAUACAAACCUACAUCCUGUAAUUGUAAUAGCAGGUCAAUGAAAAUUAAUAAAGUUUUUUUCUUUCCCUGCU